AAUUCGAAUGGGAGAGGCGGGCCAACGGAGGGAGUGGAAUGGACGCGGUGGGCACCGCGCCGCGGAGGAGACGCGAGAUGGCGGCGGCGAUCUCAGGAGCUGGUCGCUGUCGGCUAAGCAAGGCGGGGGCUGGCCGGCGCCCGCCUCCAGCUCGAGUCAGGGUGGCUGUGCGGCUGCGGCCAUUUGUGGAUGGGACAGAUGGAGCAGGUGAUCCCCCUUGUGUGCGGGGCCUGGACAGCUGUUCCCUAGAGAUUGCCAACUGGAGGAACCACCAGGAGACUCUCAAAUACCAGUUUGAUGCCUUCUAUGGGGAGAAGAGCUCUCAGCAGGACAUCUAUGCAGGAUCAGUGCAGCCCAUCCUAAGGCACUUGCUGGAAGGACAGAAUGCCAGUGUGCUUGCUUACGGGCCCACAGGGGCAGGGAAGACGCACACAAUGCUGGGCAGCCCAGAGCAACCUGGAGUGAUUCCCCGGGCUCUCAUGGACCUCCUACAGCUCACAAGGGAGGAGGGCGGGGAGGGCCGGCCAUGGGCUCUCUCUGUCACUAUGUCCUACUUAGAGAUCUACCAGGAAAAGGUAUUAGACCUCCUGGACCCUGCACCAGGAGACCUGGUGAUCCGAGAAGACUGUCGGGGAAACAUCCUGAUUCCGGGCCUCACACAGAAGCCCAUCACUAGCUUUGCUGAUUUUGAGCGGCACUUCCUGCCAGCCAGUAGAAACCGGACCGUAGGAGCCACCCGGCUCAACCAGCGCUCCUCCCGCAGUCAUGCUGUGCUCCUGGUUAAGGUGGAUCAGCGGGAACGUCUGGCCCCAUUUCGCCAGCGGGAGGGUAAACUCUACCUGAUUGACUUGGCUGGCUCCGAGGACAACCGGCGCACGGGUAACAAGGGUCUGCGGCUGAAGGAAAGUGGAGCCAUCAACUCCUCCCUCUUUGUACUGGGCAAGGUGGUGGAUGCACUGAACCAGGGCCUCCCUCGUGUGCCUUACCGGGACAGCAAGCUCACUCGCCUAUUGCAGGAUUCUCUGGGUGGCUCAGCCCACAGCAUCCUCAUUGCCAACAUUGCUCCUGAGAGACGCUUCUACCUAGAUACGGUCUCUGCGCUCAACUUUGCUGCCAGGUCCAAGGAGGUGGUCAACCGGCCUUUUACCAAUGAGAGUCUGCAGCUUCGUGUCUUGGCACCCGUUAAACUGUCCCAGAAAGAACUGCUAGGCCCGUCAGAGGCAAAGAGAGCCCGCAGCCCCGAAGAAGAGGGGAUUGGGAGUCCUGAGCCUCCAGCAGCUCCAGCCUCCGCCUCCCAGGAACUCAGUCCCCUACAGAAGCUAAGUAGCAUGGACCCCGCUGUGCUGGAGCGCCUCCUAAGCUUGGACCGUCUGCUAGGCUCCCAGGGGAGCCAGGGGACCCAUGGGCUAAACACCCCGAGGCGAGAGCGGAUGGUGCUCAUGAAAACAAUGGAGGAAAAGGAUUUGGAGAUUGAGAGGCUUAAGAUGAAGCAAAAAGAACUGGAAGCCAAGGUUCUGGCACAGGAGGCUGUGGACCCAAAGGAUAAAGAGAACUCGUCUCCCACAAUGCUCCGACCGCUUGCCUGCCGCACAGUCACCAUAGCAAAGCCCCUCAAAAAGGCUGUGGUGAUGCCCCUACAACUGAUUCAGGAGCAGGUGGCGUCCCCAAGUGCUGAGAUCCAUAUCCUGAAGAAGAGAGGCCGGAAGAGAAAGCUGGAGUCCCUGGAUGCCUCAGAGCCAGAGGAGAAGGCUGAGGACUGCUGGGAGCUACAGAUCAGCCCGGAGCUACUGGCCCAUGGGCGCCAAAAAAUACUAGAUCUGCUGAACGAAGGCUCUGCCCGGGAUCUGCGCAGCCUGCAGCGCAUUGGCCAAAAGAAGGCCCAGCUCAUCGUGGGCUGGAGGGAGCUCCACGGCCCCUUUAGCCAGGUGGAGGACCUGGAACGCGUGGAGGGCAUAUCCGGGAAACAAAUGGAGUCAUUCCUGAAGGUGAGCCCACCGCUUGGCCCCCUCCUCUCUGGCCUGUGCCCUGCCCCCAGCUUUAAUGCUGCUCUUCCCUUCCGUCCUGUGUUGCAGGCGAACAUCCUGGGUCUCGCCGCGAGCCAGCGCUGAGGCCCCUCCCGACUGCCAGCUCCUUUCCUCACUUUAUUAUUUUUUUUUAAUCCUCAUAUAACUGCGUGUCGUGUAAAUACAAUUUUUACUCCGGUGUUUCGGCCUGAUUCUUGGGACUGCGGGGGCGGGGCCGGGGGUAUAAUUGCCCUUGGGAUGGGCCACAAGCUCCUCCGCAUAACUUCUUUCGGCGCCAUCUUUGGGAAAAGCAGGGAGGAAUGAAGCAGGGCAGGAUUGUAAAUAAACCGCUGGGGUGUGGGGAGGGGGGAAGGACGGUGGCCGAAAGGAAACAAAAAAGUAAUGCGAAAGCCCGAGGACGACGACCGUUAGGCGGGCGCGCGCUUCGAGUUUAGCCCCGCCCCAUCCGUACCCCCGGCGCGCGCUCCCCUGCUCUCCCGCUCAGCAACGGCAGCGGUUUUAUGCGCGUGCGCGCGAAAUAACGGCCGCUGGCGGAGGGAGGAGGGGGGUGGAAUCUUUGAAGGGGGGGUAAGAGAGAAGCCGCCCUGUCUCCCGCGCGCCCACCACCUGCGCCAUCGUCAGCCAAUCAGCGGCCGUCUCAGGGGUCUCGCGCUUGGGGCGAUUCGGGCUGCUGGGUGGCUCCCCCGUCCCUCCUCCCGCCAGAGUCCCUCUCGUACCUCCCCCCUCCCGCUGGCCUCGCGCGCGCUCGCGCUCGCGCCCGCUCCAGCCUCUUGUGUGUCCUC